AUGGGAAAAGACAAAGAAGAUGAGGCCAUCUUUAUGGACCUUUGUUCUUUCUCUGUGGAUGGGUACCGCGCUCUUGCCAACGGAACCGCAGAGCACCGAGCCAAGGGAACCAAACCAUUGUCCACGGUUUCUUCGAAAGACACUUUGAAAGUGACGGAAAUGAGUUUUCUGGAAGAGGCCGCCUGUGUAUUUCUCAUGGCCUUUGGUGUACCCAAUGGUGUCUUUACAUUCCCACCAAUUGUUUACAUUGUUGGUAGAUUCGUUGUCGGUGACGUCAAAUUGACGGCAGCCAUUGCUGUGGCACUCUUGCUGCCUCUGGCCAUUAUGCCACAGAAAUACAUCCCAGAGACAUUGCAAAGUUGGUUGGCGAUUCAAGUGGUCAAAUAUUUCUCCUAUCGCAUGGUGGUCGAAACUGUCCCAGAGCCAAAAGGCCGACCGCGUAUCAUGGUGGCUCCUCCACAUGGCGUGUUUCCAUAUGGCAAUAUUCUAGCCAUGUUGGCCUACCCAUCACUAUGCGGAGACACAUUUCGAGGACUUGCCGCAUCUAACGCAUUACGGCCACCUGUUUUCAAACAAAUCUUGAGAUCCAUUGGUGUUGUGGAUGCCUCACGUAGCGUUGCGCGCAAGACUUUGGAAGGUGGUGAGAGUCUUGGAAUUUCCACCGGAGGUGUGGCAGAAGUCUUUGAAACCAAUGAUGACGACGAAUGUAUUUUGCUCAGAGUUCGCAUUGGAUUGAUCAAGCUAGCCAUACGAACAGGCUCGGAUCUUGUUCCCUGCUAUCUUUUUGGAAACACCAAACUUCUCAGCUGUUGGGCUGGAGAGGGAAUUCCAAAAGGCAGGGAGAUUCUGGAGUACAUAUCACGCAAGGUUGGCUUUGCACUUAUUCUCAUCUUUGGACGAUUCGGGCUUCCAGUUCCCAGACGCAUCCCGGUCAUGGGGAUCAUGGGAAAGCCGAUUCCAACCCAUCACAUGAAAUGCGAAGAACCAACUCCAGAGCAAAUCAAAGAGGUCCAAGACAAACUCAUUGACGAGAUGCAAGGUAUUUUUGACCGCUACAAGGGACUAUAUGGAUGGGAAGAGAAAAAGCUGAUCAUUAAGUAG